AUGAUCGCCGCCACGAUUCUCGCGCUUUCUCUUACCCUAUCUGCAUUCGCAGCUCCCUCUAAGCGACAGUCUGGAGACAACGGUUCAUGCCAGGCUCUACAGACCGAGUGCGCCGCGACAGUCAAAUCGGACCUCAGCAACGCCUGGGACCUCAAGGCGUGCGUCUUCGGCGCCUCGUGCUUCGGUGGCCAGCACCCCGUGGAUGGUUUCCUCGCCGCUGUCUACGCUGAUCGCGGCGAAGGCGGCGCAGCCCCCAAGAGCGUCAACUUACCGCGCGUGACAUCCUCCCUCCUAAGCUCGAUCUCCACGGAUGGAAAAACCGUGAGCCAGCAGAACUUCAUCGACGGCUACUACUCCUCUCUCGACGCUACCGGUGGCCCUUACCCGACCAAUCAUUGUCGAAACUUUGCGGACUACUACCAAUACUCAUCCAGUGUUGACAGUAGCUCAUGCUCUGCUGUGACUGCUUCUGCUACUGCGACCGCUUCAGGCUCGGCAACUAUCACGGCCACCCCGACCUCAGUUCGCACUUCAUCUGCUCCCGCCGCUACAUCUACCACCGUAGUCAGCUCCGACGCAACCUGUCAGAAGAUGUUCACAACCUGCGUUGCACAGGUCGAUCUGAACGUACAGAAUCCAUGGGGUGUUGAGGCUUGCAUCCUCGGCGCCACAUGCUUCGGCGGUCAGCGCCCAGUCGAUGGCUUCCUGUCUGCUGUCUACAGUGCAAAGAACCCGACUUCCAUUGUGGCCGCCCCCACUUCCAUCAAUGAGCCGCGUUUGUCGACAACACUGUUUGCCGGGAUUUCUACGGAUGGUAAAACUUGGACGCAGCAGAACUUUAUCGAUGCCUACUACGGCACGCUCUCGAGCGUUGGUGGCCCAUUCCCUCCCAACUCUGACCUAGUAGUCAGCUACUUCAACCGCGUCCUGGAGUGGACCGCAUUCUGUCCUGGUCAAGGCAUCCCGUACAUGAAUGUCGCCGAUUAUUUCCAGUACUCUGCUACUGUCCAGGGAGGUGACGCGCAAUGUAACUAA